AUGCGCAAUUUGGAGAUUCUUGAGCAGAUUACAGAAUUGAAGAAUUUUCUGGACAAAGUUUUCAAAAUAAAGGACCUUGGUCAUUUGAAUUACUUCUUAGGGAUUGAAGCUUUUAGAACCCCCAAUGGCCUUAACUUGUGCCAAAGGAAAUAUACAUUAGAAAUACUACAGGAGAAUGGUUUUUUGGAUGCUAAGCCUACAAGCACACCAGUAACUACAAGCCAAAAACUCAGUAGCCUAGAAGGUACAGCUCUUGCCAAACCUGAAGACUUUAGAAGAUUGGUUGGCAAGCUUCUCUAUCUUACAAACACAAGGCUAGAAAUCUCUUUUGCUGUCCAACAAUUGAGCCAAUUUGUUGACAAGCCCAUGGAUACACACCUUAUGGCUGCUCAUAGGGUGUUAAGAUACCUUAAAGGUUCCCCUGGAAAAGGCUUGUUCUAUCCAUCACACUCUCAAUUAAAGCUGCAAGGAUUUUCUGACUCUGAUUGGGCUACUUGUUCAGAGACAAGAAAAUCAAUCACUGGUUACUGCAUUUUUGUUGGGGAAUCUCUAAUAUCUUGGAAAACAAAGAAGCAAGUCACUGUGUCAAGAUCAUCUUCAGAAGCAGAAUAUAGAGUCUUGGCUUCUACUGUUUGUGAAAUACAGUGGCUACUCUACCUACUUGAAGACUUAAAGGUGAAACCAAACAGCCCUACAACCUUGUUCUGUGACAACCUAUCUGUUAUUGCUAUAGGAGAGAAUCAUGUGUUUCAUGGACGCACAAAACAUAUUGAGAUAGAUUGUCAUGUGGUGAAACAAAAGGUAAAUGAAAAAGUAAUCAAGCUGCUAUCCAUUCCUUCACAGAAACAGUUGGCUGAUGGAUUCACAAAGUCUCUUCCAAGAUUGAACUUUGAUGUCUUUCACUCUAAGUUGGGCCUUCAAGAUAUUCAUGCUCCAGCUUACAGGGCGGGGGGUAACCUACCUACAUACUCAUAUGAGCAUGUUGUUAAGUAUCUUAAGGUUUUCAAAGAGGGUAAAGUUUAUGCCUUCACUGUUGUGAAGGUUAAGGAUGAUCCUAAAUUGGUCUCAGCCUAUUGUCCCAAGAGUUGGAUUCACCUGAUUCUGAAGAGUUCAUACCCUACUGUCAACCAUGUCAAUGAAUGUGAUGCACAAGAAUAUGAUCCACACGACGUCGUUUUAGCCUAA